AUGGACCGCCGUUAUAAUCAUACCACCAACAUCGUUCCUAUUAAUCGACCUGCUGGUAAUUUUGAUAAGACUACCACUACUACUACCACUACAUCCACCACUGCGCUGGCACAACCAUCACAACCACCGCAACCUCCGCAACUGCCACAGCGUCCACUCGCCACCACCACCACGACCAUCAGCACGAACCAGCAGCGUGACGUCACGCUUCCGCAGCCAACCGUCAACCUUGACAUCAAACCCGACGCGGACGCACCGGGCCGCACCUCCCCAGUCUCCUUUCCGCUGGGGCCCCUAUCCACGCCGGGAUCUGCAAGCUGUAGCCGGGUCAACAGCCGCAGCUACAGCCCAACGCCGCUGUUACUGGAUUCGGACGGCUCGGCGCAGCUCCGCGAUCCUGCGUUUGCGUACGCACCCGCCGUGCCCGACGACGACCUGGUCCCGAUUUUGGAGGGCGAGCCCCUGACUGACUGCGUCUCUGGACAGCCGCUGACAGCGCCGUCACCGCUGCAGCAGCGCCAGCGGAAGCUGCAGCAGGAGCUGGAGAGCGCUUCCGCCACGUCCGAGCCGUUCCCUUCAACAACUCCCGCCGCGAACAUUGCAUCAAGGACCACGCAACGCCAAACAGUCCCGACGCAGUCGGACGGUUCCGACCCCCCCGGAUACGACCCUCCCCGCGGCGCCGUCAACACCACCUUCCGGAGCGCCCCGCCGUUUCAGGGAGGUGAAGGGGAGGUGCAGCAGGAGGUCGUGACGGUUGCAACCGCAAGCGUUACAGCGUCGUACAUUGUUAGCGAGGAGCAGGCGGCGGAGCUCGAGCAGGCAGCGGAGGAGCUGCUACUGCCCGCCGUCGCCGCCGCUGCCGCCGCCGCCGCUGCCGGCGAGCCGCAGAGCCCCGCCGACCUCGCCGCUACCGCGCUACUGCUGCUGAGCGGUCUGACUGCUACAGCCCCGCCGGAGGAGCAGGAGGAGGAGGAGGAGGACAUCGGUGCCGGCGCCGCCACACUAGGAGGAUUUGCCGACGUCGCUACUGCUUUCCUAGGCGGCGUGGAAAGCUUCAUACCGCCCACGUCGUCAUCCGCACAGGCGCCGUUCGAGUUUGCUACAGCCAAACCUAUCGCCGCGCACCCGCAAGCUACAGCCUCCUCCAUGGUUAGGAGGAAGUCAGCUGGUCCCGGGCCGUCUUCUGUCGCUGCAGUCGCAGGUACCCCCCCGGCAGGUACCCCCCCGGCAACCACUACUGCCCCCAUGUCUGGCGUCAGCCACCCGGAAUGGCACGACUACUCGGCCCUGCCGCCACGUUACAAGACGACUGUGGAGGCCGUGCGUAGCCUGGCGGCGGCCAGGCUGAUGGAGCAGCACUGGGACGCCGCCGAGCACCUUGACGUGGAGGUUACCUGGGAUGCACCGCCCAUCUACCUGCAGGGCCGCGACCCCAUGCGAGUGGCUGUGUGGUUAGCCAAGUGGGCGGCAGUCGUGCAGCUGGAGCCCUGGAUGGCGCGAUGGUCCGAGCUGGACUCGAAGCGUACUCGGCUGGACUUGCUUGUUGAGGCCCGGGUGAGGCCGCACCGCCCCUGGUGGCUGCCGGCGUCGUGGCUGUUGCCUAAACAAGUCACACUCAAGGCCACCCUCAAGCUGCGCAUCAGCAAGGGCCCCGCCGAGGACGGCUCCGCGGACGUCGUCACCCUCAUCGACGGCUCCAUCCACAACGCGCCCAAGCUGCCCAUGCCGGCCGUGUGGUCGCCGUUGGUGGGCCUCUUGGGAGAUCCGUCGUACCGCGACCGCGCCGAGGAACAUCCCUCCGUCGUACAGAAGGCCACCAUCGCCGCGCAGCAGGCGGCGGCUGCAGCCGCCGAGCGCACGCACGAAGCGGUGACGUCGACCGUGGGAAGCGCCAAGGCGAAGGUGGAAUCCGCGGCGGAGGGCGCUGCUGGCGCGGCGGAUCGCAUGGCGGAUGCCGCAGCAGCGGCCGCUGGCAGCGGCGCCGGCGGUGGCGUGCUGGGGGGUGCGAAGCGUGUGGCGCAUGAGGCGGCGGAGGCGGUACGGGGUGCCGUACACGAGGUCGCAGACACGGUCAAGGGCGGCGUGUCUGCGGGCGCCGAGAAGACACAGGGCCACGGUCGUGGUCAUGGUCAUGCGGAGUGGAAGGACUACCGACACUUGCACCCGCGAUACCGGGCGAGUGUGGAGGCGCUGAUGUCUCUUGCCAAGGCCCGCCAGAUGUCGGAUCACCGCCGCCCCGCUGAGCACAUGGACCUGGAGAUCACGGUGGACUCGCCCUUCAUGCACCUGCAGGGUCGCGAGAACCUCCGAGUGGCCGAGUACAUGGCCAAGUGGGUCCUAGCGGAUGUAGAGGUCAAGCCGCUCAUGUUCAAGGUUCGCGAGCUGGAUGAGAAGCGCACCCGCCUGCAGGUGCUGCUGGAGGUGCACCUGGCCCCGCACCGGCCCUUGUGGGCCCCGGCCACCUGGCUACUGCCCAAGGUGGUGGUGCUGGAGGCCGACUACCACCUGCGCAUCAGCAAGGGUCCGGAGGCGGACGGCUCCUCCGACGUCAUCACCGCAGUGGACGGCAAGCUGCUCAACCUGGGCAAGGCACCGCUGCCCCUGCGUCUCCUGCUAGGCGCCGCCCUGGGCUACCUUCCCGCCGCUACGGAGACCUUCUGGUCGCCCUUCGUGGGCCUCCUGGGAGAUCCGUCGUACCGCGUGGAGGCGUCGGUGGCGGCCGCGGAGGCCGGCGGCGGCGGCGGACUGGUUGGGAAGGCUAAGGCCGCUGCCUCUGCUGUGGUGGAGAAGGCGCAGGAGACUGUGGCGUCCGCCACCGGCGGGGAGGGCGGAGGAGGCGCGCUGGCGGCGGCUGCCGCCAGGGCGGCGGACCAGGUGCAGGGCGCUGCGGCCGGUGCCGUACCUGCGGUGGCCGCCGCGGCAGAUAAAACCGCCGGCGCCGUGGACGCGACGGCUCAACAGGUUGGCAACGGAGGCGUUAAGGCCAAGGCGGUGGAAGCGGUACGGACUGCCGUACACGACGUCGCCGGUGCGGUUAAGGGCGGCGUGGCGGCGGGCGCCGAGAAGGUGACGGAGGCGGCGGGCCGAGCCAAAAAGGCAGUGACGGGACAGGCCUGA